UAAACAAACUGAAUAAAAUUAUCAAAAUGACAAUUAUACUUGCUAAAAAAUAAAUAUUAUAUACUAUAUGGAAUAAAUCCAAAAUACUACAUAAUAACUAAAAUGUCGACAUCUACAACACAAGGAGUAGCUACAGAAAAUGCUAUGCCAAAAUUUAAGAAGAAGUCUUUUAUCAAUUACCAUUCAAAAAAUAAAAAAAGUCAGUGGAAAUCGCUAAAACAAAUUGUAACCUAUGAAAGAAGUUUACCAUGGAGUGAAGAUGCCGUGAUAUAUUCAAGUUUAAAUCCGCCGCCUUCGUUUUAUCCUGCAAAAAAAUAUUCAGAUAUUUCCGGAUUAAUUGGAUUAUAUACAGACCCCGAAACAAAAAUCCGAUAUCAUAACAGCGAGGAGUAUAUAACUGUUAAAAAUUUACCUAUGGAUUUACGUGCUGGAUAUUUGCAAUUAAGGGGAGCCACAAAUAUAGUUGGUUAAUGAAAUGAAAUUUUAAAACAAUAAAAGAGAAAAUAAAAAAAUUAUAGUUUAAAUUA